UUGUUUUUUCCAAUUCCCACUUGUUACACAAAAUGCCACAAAAUCUUAUAGAGCCUCGUCUUGUAGCAAGAAAGUUCCUAGCCAAACCUCAACGAGAAGGUGUUGGUGCUGUUGUUAGAAGAAGCAUAGGAAGAUUUGAGCUCAAGUAUUUUGAUCCUUUCCUUGUCUUGGAUGAAUUUUCAGUUACUGCUCCUUCUGGAUUUCCUGAUCAUCCACAUAGAGGAUUUGAGACAGUCACAUAUAUGUUACAGGGUGCUGUAACACAUGAAGAUUUUGAAGGACACAAAGGAACAAUUGAAGCUGGUGACUUGCAAUGGAUGACUGCUGGUAGAGGGAUAGUGCACUCAGAAAUGCCUGCAGCUCAAGGAAUCCAAAAGGGUCUACAACUAUGGAUCAACCUUGCUUCCCAACAUAAAAUGAUUGAACCAAGGUACCAAGAAAUUUUAAGCAAGGACAUAGUAGAAACUAUGAAAGAUGGUAUCAUGGUUAGAGUUAUAGCAGGGGAAGCACUUGGAGUAAAGUCACCAAUUUACACAAGAACACCAACAAUGUAUUUGGAUUUUACUCUUGAACCAGGAUCACACCUACAACAACUUGUACCAAAAUCUUGGAAUGCUUUUGUGUACAUCUUAGAAGGAGAGGGUAUUUUUGGAAAUAAAAAAUCUCAUCCUACAACUUCUCACCAUAUUGUCCUUCUAGGUUUAGGGGAUGGUCUAGAGGCAUGGAAUAAAUCAUCUAAGGUUCUUAGGUUUAUUUUAGUUGGAGGUGAACCAUUAGGUGAACCAAUAGUACAAUUUGGACCCUUUGUGAUGAAUACUCAACAAGAGAUUGACCAAACUAUUGAUGAUUUUGAAAACUAUACCAAUGGAUUUGAGAAAGCAAGACAUUGGAAGUCACAAAGUGCAGUUGGUGUAGAGUUUUGAAAUUAAUGAUGUUAGCAAUGAAUAUCUUGAACAUGCAAAGUCAAAAAUAAUAUUAUUAGCUUUAUUAUACUGAUUAGUUUUACCUAGAUUAGUUAACUUGGUAAAUAUUAGUUUAGUAAAUAUUAGUUUGGUAAAUAGUAAAUUACCCUUUAUAGAGAAAUAUAUAUAAGGCACAAGCCUCACUGCUAUGUAACAGAUAACUUUCAUUUUUUUCCCAAUUCAAUGAGAAUGAGUUUUCUUUUCCA